UCUUCAAGAAAAAUGGUGGACAAGGGAAAAUGAAAAAAAAAAUAAUAACGUCUGCUAGUUUUUUUUUAAUUAUUCGUGAAUGCUUUGUUGCCAUAUAACAAUUGUAUUCGGCAAAGAAAAAGGGGUUGGGUCGUCUGCUUCGGUUCUGGUUCUACCAUGCUCUAGGACCAUGGUAGAACUCGGCCAUAUAGACUGGCGGUUGAAGUUGAACCUCAACCAAGGGGGGAAAUAUCAGUUGUCGCCAAAACAUUGGUUCAGUUCAACCAGGUUGACACAAAAAUGCGGUUGAUCGCAACUCAACCUCAUUCCUGAUCAACCAGGUAGACGCCAAAACGCGCCUUUGGUCUCCACGAGACGGUCUCGAAGGGUCGAGACCGUCACGGCUACAUCCCAGUGGGACUAUUCCGGCCCUCUGAUUGGCUCUCUCCUUCUCCUCACCCUAAAGCUCCUCCACCCCUACUGCUUGUGGUGUGUAGUGUGUGUGGGCUGUGGGGCGUGUGUGUGGAGUUUUUCGUCGGGCUGUCGGGCUGCUCCACUAUGGCUAUUUUCCCUCUCAGAAAAGGGGUACCCUCUUGCGGGGAUUACUAAACAAAAAAAUGAGGGUUUUGGGUCGGGGCAUGGUCGGGGCGUAUGAGUGAUUUUCCGCCCGGUGGGACUGCCAUCUAAUGACAAAUGAGUUUUUGUUUGUUUUCUUAGUCGAGUGAAACAGCACACCCGUAAGAGGCGCUCCCACCGGGCGGAAAAUUACUCUUUCACCCCGACCACCCUGACCCAAAACCCGGGGCGGGCAGUUAACCCGAUUAUGGCUAAUCGGGGCCGAUCGCUACACUAGAGCCCCGUAUAUUAUAGAUCGUAAACAUACUCGGACGUCUAAGAGGGUUCUAUUUGAAAACACAAAAUGCUAUUAAAACGUUCGAUAAUAGCAAUCCGAAAUUUACCCAGAAAUUACUGCUCAAAAUCAACGUUAAGUGAAGAUGAGAUACAAAAAUUCAGUAAAAUGGCAAAUGAAUGGUGGGAUAUUAAUGGGCCAUUUAAUGGUUUACAUUCGCUGAACCAACUAAGGGUACCUUUUAUAAGAAAUGGAAUAUCUUCUUAUCAAAAAUCAACUAUCAUGAAUGCUACUCCUGCAAGCCUUUUGGCUGGGUGUUCAAUCCUAGAUGUUGGAUGUGGUGGAGGCAUUUUAAGUGAAAGUUUAGGUCGUUUGGGUGCAAAUGUUACAGCAAUUGAUCCCAGCGAAGAAAAUGUUGCAGCUGCCUCUCUUCAUGCACAGAAACUAAAGCUUAAGAAUGUUACAUAUGAAGUCAAUUCUGUUGAAAAUUUUCAGACCUUGAAUCCGACUACUCUUUUUGAUGCAGUUACUGCAUCAGAAGUUAUUGAGCAUGUAGAAAAUCCUGAAUUUUUCAUUCAAACCUGCACCAAUUUGCUUAAGCCAGGAGGAUCUCUAUUUAUAACAACAAUAAAUCGAACUGCUGCUUCAUGGGCACUCGCCAUUUGUGCUGCAGAAUAUGCCCUCAAUGUUGUUCCAAAAGGGACCCAUGAUUGGAACAAGUUUGUCACUCCAGAUGAACUUAAUUCCUUCUUUACUAAGAAUGGUUGUCAAUUGCGACAGCUUCAUGGAAUGGCCUACAAUCCUUUCUUAAACAAAUGGCAUUGGUCCAGAUGCACCAGUGUCAACUAUGCUCUCCACGCUACAAAAUCAGUUCACAAUUAGCUUCGAAUCUUACGAAAGAAUUUGGAUUGUUAUUGUUUGUCGAACACUAGGUUACGAUUAUGAGCCUUAACGGUGAUUUGUGUUAUAUUUUGUAUUUAGUUGAGGAACCAACAAUAGCUCAUUGUUAAUAAAAUAAAAUAAAAUUGUGAAUACUA